AUGGGAUCCGAAUCCAUCCACAGCGAUAGGCACGAUGAGAAGAACCCGAAGCAUGAGGUCGCCAUUGUCAAGACGGCCAUUGGUGAUGAGGCUUUCCAACAGGCCAUGAUCAAAGAGCCCCCGCCAAAGAUGGCAGCUCCCAUCCUCAUCUUCGCCAGUAUGGUAGCCUUCUGCUGCUCUACAGCCAACGGUUACGAUGGUUCGCUUUUCGGAACCCUCCUCGCCAACAGUGACUUCAUGAAGUUCUUUGGCGUGGAUAACAAGGGUAUCGGUGCUGGUAUCGUCACUUCCAUGUAUCAGAUCGGUUCUGUCGUUGCUAUUCCUGCUGUCGGUCCUGCUAUCGAUACCUGGGGCCGUCGCGUCGGUAUGACUAUCGGCUCUUUCAUCAUCAUCAUCGGUAUCGUCAUCCAGAUCGCCUGCAUCAAGACUGCCAGUGUCGAUCAGUUUAUGGCUGGUCGUUUCUUCCUCGGUUUCGGUGUCUCCAUUGCCGCUGCCGCCGGUCCUACCUACGUCGUCGAGGUCUCUCAUCCUGCACAUCGCGGUAUCAUCACUGGUCUUUACAAUGUCAUGUGGCCCGUUGGUGCUCUUGUCGCUAGCGGUGCCGCUCUCGGAGGUUUGGAAUACGAGGGAAGCAAUACCUCUUGGAUGAUUUCCGUUUCUCUUCAGCUCAUGUUCCCUUGCAUCAUCUUUUGCUUCGCAAUGCUGCUACCCGAGUCGCCUCGAUGGCUAUACACCCGUGGGCAGAAAGAACUUGCGACAGCGAACCUCGUCAAACUUCACGGCCACGGCAACCCCGAUAGCGAGUGGGUCAAGCUUCAACUCCACGAGUAUGAGGAGCAUCUUGAGAUGGACGGCAGUGAUAAGCGAUGGUGGGACUACCGUGCUUUGUUCCGAAACAAGGCUUCUAUGUACCGACUGACUUGCAACUGUCUCGUUUCUCUCUUCGGUCAAUGGGCUGGAAAUAGCAUUGUCUCCUACUACCUCAGCGCCUUCCUCGACACUGCCGGUAUCAAGGGUGACAAGACCAAAACUAGGGUUGCCUUGGGUAUGAAUGCUGUCCAGAUCGUUUUCGCUGCUAUCGGUGCUGGCUUUACCGAUACUGUUGGACGUCGACCUAUGCUUCUCGUUGUCAACCUCGUCUGUGCUCUUUGCUGGGUCGGUGUUACCGUUCCCGCUUCGAUUGCCAACAUUACCGACCUUGAUGACAAGUCCCAAACUGAAGCCGUCACUGGCCCGGUCAGCAAGGCUAUCUUGGCUUGGGUUUACCUUUUCCAGAUCUUCUACUCCAUUGGUUGGACUCCUCUCCAGGCCCUCUAUCCCGUCGAGGUACUCAGUUACGAGAUCCGGGCCAAGGGUAUGGCUUUCAGCUCUCUCUUCACCAACGCUGCCAUGCUUGUCAUGCAGUUCGGUAUCCCUGUCGCUCUCAAGAACAUUGCCUGGAAGACUUACAUUGUCUUCUGCGUCUGGUGUGUCUGCCAGUCCAUCAUUCUUUACUUCCUCGUGCCCGAGACCAAGAACCGAACUCUCGAGGAACUCGACCAUAUCUUCUCGUCCGACAACCCAGUUAAGACCUCUACCCAGAAGAAGCUGUUUGAGGCCGACGCCAAUGCCAACAUUGUCCAUAUCGAGCCUGCCGUUGCUGAUCCCAGCAAGGCUUAA